CUCUCAAGCAGCUCAAUGGUGUAUACCGACCUAAGGGAUGAAGGAUCAUGAGCAGGACUAGGGGAUGAGGACUUACUGUGGUGAUCUCCUGAUUUGGCUCCUUUCUGCUGCUUGUCUUGCCGUGGAUGUGAAGACUCCGGAUUAUCCAGUCAAUGCCAGCCUGCACCACCAGGCCUGGUUACCUGUGCAGGUGGGGCCCCUGCCCCAGGGAGCCGAGGUCAGCUGGAGUUUCCAGAAUAAUGUUUCCUCAACCCUGAUCGCUCGCUAUGAUUCAGACAUGAAGAAAGUGAAGUAUUUUCCUGGCAAGCAGCUUGAGCGUCGUUUCAUGAUGUUGGACAAUCUCACCCUCUGGAUAAAUAAUGUGAAGUGGGAGGAUGCAGGGACUUACAUUGUGACAGUCUUCACACCCGUGGAAUGGAAAGCAGAAACUUCUCUACGAGUGUACGAGCCGGUGUCCAACAUCACUGUGGAGGUGCUGAACAUUAGCUCUGGCCAGUCCUGCAACGUGACGCUCCGGUGUUCUGCCGCAGCCGGAAACAAGCUGAGCUUCGGAUGGAACCCCAGGAAUGGUACAGCGCUGGGGCAGGUUUCAGAGCAUGGUGCCGACCUCUCGCUGUCACUGGCAUUCUCUGACAGAAUUGACUAUGCCUGCACAGUCUGGAACCCCGUCAGCCAGGCAACUGCCAGCUUCUCCAGAGAACAUGCGUGUCAGCAGGAAGCCUCCAGGAUUCCCACGUUCUUGAUCAUGAUACUGUGCCUCAUCUGUGUGAUUCUCUGCAUAACUGCUGUCAUCUGUAAAUUCUGCAGAAAAUGCCAGAGCGUUUCCCUUUCAGGUAUGAUGUACCCUUUGUCACAAGUAAUGCGUGUCCUACUUCAUGCAACACUCCCUCAAUGCUCCCACACUCCCUUUUCCCAUGUGCUCCCAACCAGCUGCCUGAAAUUCCUGUCAGAAUGCUGCUCCUACGAGGGACCGCUUCCAUUCUUUCACUGCCCUCUGAAUCCGCACAGACCUUACCAUCUUACACUGACUGCCUCUGGUUCUCCUCACGACCAGAACCUCCCCACUACAUCCCACUCUUUACUCAAGUUAAAUCUCCACUGCAGCACUCCCUCCCCUUCAGCCACCUCAUCUCUCUUACCAUUCCCCCCCCCCCAAGAUACAACCUGGGUGCUCGUAGGCCCAGUCAUUCCCUCCUUUCCAGCUCUAUCCCCCUUCUCUACAGCCUCACAGCCUUGUGGGGUGACUUCUAGCGAUAUCAGAGUCCAUCUUUGAUACCGAUAAUUUCUCAACCCCACUUCAACUCAUCUCCUCAGGAAAAAAUGGCCUCCCUAUUCCUGCUUCCAAGAUGAACUGUGUAUGGGUAGCCCUGCACUGGCACCAGUGUGAUAGAGAAGCCAGAACUUCAAGGUUGCUCCUAAUGUGGUUUAUCCCGAGGGGAGAUGGAGCAGACUGGGACUGUCCUCCUUAGAGUUUAUAAGAACUAGAGGUGUACUCCCUGAAAAGUCCAUACUCCUUGUGUGAGGUGUGAGGUGGUGUUUUCCUUGGCUGGGUGUCUCAAACCAGGGGGCAGUCUCAAAAUGUUCUGGGGUCAGUAACUGGUAUAGCACUGGGCAAACAUUGUUUUAAAUUCUGCCGAUUGCAGUUGUUCACAUUCUCAGACCACAAUCUCUGACUUUUUGCUGACAGGAGUCAGGGGAGUAGACAUGAUGGAUCAAAGGUCUUCAAUGACUAUGUGAGUCUCACCAUAUAGUUCCAAUAAUUGUGGAGGGGCACAGGGGACAAAGAGGGUUUGGGAGAUGUAGUGGUAUGUACAGAAAUAGGGAUGUAGGGGCCGGGGGUGUGACAUAUGCAAAAAGGCAUUGCAGGGUGGGGGGGGGGAGAUCAGGGACCGGGGGCAUGGCAGAUGCCAAAAGGCACUGCAGGGUGUGGGGGGGAGGGAGGGAGAGAGUAAGAUCUAAUGUUGGAGUUCAAUGAACCUUGGGAACAGGAUGACUGAGCUGGGACUGGAUCUGGUAAUGAGCCAUGGGGGAGAGCAAAUCAGAUAAUGUGAGAAGAUGGAUGGUAAUGGUGAAUUUGGGCUGGGAUCAGAGAUCACGUGGUGAAGGUGCUGUGGAUGGGGGGGGCAACACAACUGACAAGCUGGGGUUCACAGUGAGGAGUUGGUGGGGGUUACAGCAGUACCAGCAAUAGGGUAUUUAUCUUCAUUGAUAGGUGAACAUUGGCCUGGAGGACAAGCUUGAAACAAUCUGCUCCACCGUUCAGAAUAGCAGUUCAUGAGCAGAUCCCAGCCUUCUUGGAGCACAUUACACCCUCUCCAAACAACUCCUCAGCUUAUUCCCUUCCCACACCCCACGACCAACCUCACACCUGCAGCAGUGACCAGGAUUCAUCACUCCCGAGGGAGAAGAGGAACCACACUUCCCACAUCACCUCCAUAGGGACAAAGGGAAGGUACAGACCCUGCAUCAGGGUUGAAAAUACUUGGCUUUCAAGCUACCAUGCCACUGAUUCAGCAUGGUGCACGCAGAACUGAUCAAGCAUCUGCUUUGUCCUGAAUGGUGCUGAUCUUCAAAAGCUGUUGGACAAUACAGACAAGUGGAGAGUGUUCUAUCAUACUCCUGACUGGGAAGUAGUGGAAAGGAAAGGCCUUGAAUGUCAGGAGGUGAAUUACUCCCACAUGAUCCCCAAUCUCUGGUGGAAAAAAAGAUUGCCAGUUCUCACUGAUAAACAUCAGGAAAGCUUCAGUCCAAUGUCCUGUAUUUUCAUCCCUGCUGAGCCAUCCAUCAAUAACAAACCCUGGAGACAUUCCCACUCAGCAUAUGCAAGUUUUCCCUAAAUAAAAUCAGUUAGAAUUUGAGAAUCAUAGUAAACCUCUGAACUGGAAAAGGUCUGUAGAUGAAGUCUUCUUAGGGGGAAUAUGAUAAACGGUCUUCAGUUUUUUUGUGAUCUGGAUGUCAUCAGCUGAGAAGGUGAGGAGUUUCAGGAAUUAGAUCCAGUGUUGCUCAAGGACCUGUGCUAGGAUGGUGAGGAGUAUGAAGGGGAACCCACAAGUGGAGGUGCACCCCUGCUCUUGCUGCCCUUGUCCUUGGCAGUAAAGUUGGGAUUAACCUGGGCAAGUAACUGCACUGCUUUUGCUAAGAUGAUGGAUUUGACAAGUAGUGAGACAGAAUAUACACAUGGUGGUGUGGGGUGGGAAGGAAUGUGUGAAAGGGUGGCUGGGGGAGGACCACCAUGAGUGGUAAUCAAGAGUGGGAAGUGAGUGAGGAAGGCAGUGAAGGAUAGAGGGAAUAAGUGGGAGAGUAAGGUUGGGUGAGGGUUAAGAACUUAGGAGAGGAAAAGAGGCAAUGUAAAGAUUAGGGAGUGCCCAGAAGAGGGCAAGAGAGAUUAAGUAAUGAGAGAGCAACAAAACCUACUGGAAGAACCCAGUAGGUUGAGCAGCAUCUGUGGUAGGGGAAGUAACUGUUAUGUUUCAGGUUAAAACCUGAUGCAGGAUCUCCAUCCAAAACAUUAGCAUUUCAUUCCCACCCACCCAAUGCUGUUUGAGAGUUCCUCCAGUGGAUUGCUUGUUACACAGGUUCUGACGUCCAGACUCAUCUCGAGAAAUGAGGGAGGCAGUGUGCUGCUGCCAUCAGUCCCACCAUCUCCACAUCCCCUGGUCUCAUGAGCUUACAUCCCCGCAGAUGAUCUGAUUUCCAUUCAGCAUCAGCCAGCUUCCCUUCCACCUCCCUCUUAGGGGCAGGUUCCACGUUAACAAAACUCAUCCUCACUCUCUCCUCCAAUUGGCCCAAAUCAGCCACCCCACUUCAAUGUGUUGCCUGCUCCGGGCAGGAAAUGCCCCAGCUCUUCCAGUGCUAGCCUGGGGCUGAAGCACCCUACCUAGGGCACCCCCUUUAGCAUCCCCUGCCUUUCCUGAAGUCCGGCCAGCAUGAGAAGACUGGGGCUGAGGGUCAGACCAGAGGCAAGUCUGAGCUCAGCCCACCUUCUGCAGCUUUUCUCACUGCUUCAAGUAGCAUCCACCAUUUCCCUGUCCAACCUCCCAGUACCUCUGCGGUCUGCUUAUGAACCUUCUUGCUACUUACAUGGCCAUUAGACUUUCCAAAGGAUGCUGAAGUUAUUGCAAGCAUUAUGGUGGAGAGUAAGACUGUGAGCUGCAGAAAGACUGUCAAAUAUUUUACCCAAUAUGGUAUUCAAGAGGGCCAUCACCCUGACUACUCUCUCAAUUUUGUGGGCAGCUUGCUAGACACACCACCAAGCUGUUUAUUCAGAAAUAAGCAACGAGGCUAGGCCACAUGUGGGGGCAGGGUUAUGUAGACCCACUACACAGUGCAGUUGGUAGUUGGCACAGACACAAGUCCCAGUAUACCAGGUUAGUACAAACAGGGGCAAUAUGAAGCUCCCCAAAGAGGGGCAAGGAAAAAGAGUGAGCACAUAUGACAAGGGAGAGUUGAAGGUGCAAGUGGAAGCUGAUGGAUAAACACCCUUUCUGCACCCACCCUGUCAAGUUCUGUAAGAGAUUUCAAUGUUUCAUUGAUACCAUCUCACUUUCUUCUAAAUCCUAGACAGGACCGUCCCAGUCUGCUUCAUGAGAUAGCCCCUCCCCCAAACCACAAAAUCAAUUUGGGGACCAUUUGUUGUGCUCCCUCUGUAACACAAAGAUCUUUUCUUAGCUGAGCAGCCACAUCUGUAAACAAUUUUCUAAUCUUGGUCUCCCCAAGAACCUGAAAAAUUUGAAAAAAACUCAGAUCAUGUUUGAGUAAAAGGUCAUCUCCCUCCUGUCAGGUUCCUCUCAUCACCAAUGCUCUCAAGUCCCAUUACAACCUGCCAGUCUUGCUCUGUCUAAAUAGCUGAGUGCCUAUCACCUUUGGUAAUCGAACGUUGUGGAGCAUUCUAAAGGUGCAAAUCCAGGUAAACUGUGCCCAUUCCCUCCUCCCCAGUGAAAUGCAGGAGACUAAAUUAAGACAUGGCCUCCAUUUUCAAUGUCCUUGCUGUUCUUUCCAGUAAUUCCUUGAGGCGCUGUUGCUGGUGGCUGGAAUUCUGGGUGCUUCUGGCGAUCUCUCCAAUCUUUCCUGAGAGAUGGUGCCAUCCUUCAGAUACUCAAUGGGCAGCCAUUCAAAGGCCAGAGCCUGUUACUCAGGCACAGAUCACAGUACUGAUGAUGAUCACAGCCUGUAAGCCUUGAGACAAUUACAGAAUAGGAGGUCACUCAGACUCUCUCAAGCCUCAUGGGCAGGAGGUAAUUCAGCCCCUCGAAAACCAAUUACAAAGCAGCAAGCGGCCAUUCAGCCUGCAACAAGGGGACAGGGGAGAUCUGAAACAGAGAGAAAGCCAUACAAGGAAUCCAGAAACAAAUUCCCAGUCUAGAGUGGAUCUGAUAAUUGAUGAAUUCCCCACACACCUUCACACUGAUAGUGUACUCAAAUCAGCAACUUACCCAGCCCUAACAGGUCACUUGUGGCUCCAAAUAGUCAACAUUACUCCUCUUCAAUUCACUUCCUUUUUUAAAAGUUUACACUAAAUUGGAGAUAAAUUCUGAAUAAAAAUGAGUUGCAAGCAAUCUGUCUAGUAUUGACAGGUGGGAGGGAGCUGCACUUUAUGUCUGACCCAUACCCUGGGAGAGUGUGAUGUGACAGUGCAGAGGGAGCUUCACUCUGUGUCCGAACCCAGGAGUGUGUGGUGGGACAGUGUAGAGGGAACUUCACUCUGUGUCUGACCUGUGUCCUGGGAGUGUGUGAUGGGACAGUGUAGAGGGAGCUUCACUCUGUGUCUGAACCCAGGAGUGUAUGGUGGAACAGUGUCGAGGGAGCUUCACUCUGUGUCUGACCCAUUCCCUGGGAGUGUGUGAUGAGACAGUGUAGAGGGAGUUUCACUCUGUGUCUGACCCAGGCACUGGGAGUGUGUGAUGGGACAGUGCAGUUUCAAACUGUGUCUGACCCGUACCCUGGGAGUGUGUGAUGGGACAGUGUAGAGGGAACUCUACUCUGUGUCUGACCCGUGCCCUGCG